CUCAAUAAUCACAUAUACAUCAGUGUAACGCCAGGUUUUAUCUGUAUCGUAAGGAAAAAAGCUCUAGCUCUGAAUCUACUGGAAACUUUAUCUCGGACGAAGGACUAUAGCAUAUAGUCAAUAGGAAUUUGCUGGAAUCCGUUUUACGAGUCGAUAAAUGAACAUUUCCAAGGACAAUGAUGUCUUCUAAAUGGUUUUGUGUUGUCAUGGCAGCCAUCGCUCUAUUUGGCAGGGGAGACUGUCUGAGUUGUAUCUGUCAUGAGGAUAUAUACCCACUAACACCAGAGGAAUGGAGAGCCCAGAACUGUCCCGUGGAUGUCCAGUGCCCAGCCGGUUCUCAGGUCAUAUGGGAUAUUUGCUACUGCUGCAAGAGCGAGUGCUCCAAGUCGGAAGGCGAUGAGUGUGGUGGUGAGUGGGGCGAGGUCGGUACAUGCGGGGAUGGAUUGGAAUGCUACAUCGAAGAGCCGGAUACUUCCGAGUACAGGCCACCCAUAGGCAACUGCGUCCCGCUGAAGCCCACCGCUGCCACCGCAUCGGGUGGUGCAGACGUAACUGUACCAUCCGGUGACGCAGGUGGCGCUACAACAACAAAGCCGAGGACGAGGAUGGGAUGCGGCAAGAAGCAAAUGGCGCUGAUGGGAGAGGAGGAAAGGAUGAAGUGUGAGGAGGCGAGGAAGAUGCGAAUACAGAAGAGACGGGAGAGAAACGGCAAACGAAUUAAUAAUCCUCGAAUUUAAGUUCAUGCUAUGUUCGAAUAUCGGGCAUAUAGAGAUCUAUUACUGUCUUAAAAAAUAUAAGAUGCAUUGUCGCAAUAAAUUUGCCCCGAUAUAUUUUGAGUCUUUCGAUCUCCAGUUCGUUUAAACCCGUUGCAUAAACUUACUAUUGAUAGUAACUUUGCCAUCAAUGGCAACUACCAUGAUAACAGGGCUCAACGGCCAAUCAAAAUCAAGGUUUACAUGGUAGUUGCAAAUGAUGGCAAAAUUACCACAAAUGGUAAGUUUUAUGCAACGGGGCCUUAGGGCGUUAUCCUGAAAAAGAAUGUUAUUUUUUGUGCCGGUUAGAAUUAGGAUAAGUCAUUGGUUAUAAUGUCGGUGCAAAUCUGCAUAAGCUUGCGUUCAGUUAAAAAGAGACGUCUACGCAAGCACGAAUGAAAAGUGUGUGUUCAGCUCAAUUUGAGUAUCUUGUGUAUUUUGAACAAAUCAGAGUGAAUAUGAAAUGUUCGAAAGCGUUUUCUAUUUCAUUGUGGAUAGAUUAUAUGACGCCCUACAUUUUCCUGUAAUGAGCAUUAUCAAAAUCAAGAUAAUUAUUUUUUGUAUUUUGAAUAAACCUGAGUAUGAAUGAAA